UGCCUAUGGCCCCUGUAUGUAUUCCGCUAGGAUCCCAGCCACGGCCACGGCAACGCCUCGUCGCUAUCUCCGACGUGUUCCGGGAAUUGGGGACUGACCGACGGUUCCCACGUGGCCACGUGGAGAACACGAGGAAAAGAAGACUGUUCGUUCUUCGAUGACUCUGUUCCCGUUCCCGGACUACGUUUUACGCUCAUUUUCCAUCUUCGAACUGGUCCAGACGCUGCUCGCCGCAUUUCACCCAGCGUCUCGUCAGCGUGUCAACGUCGAGUACGGUCGUCCAAUUGUAAAAUCGUUUGCACCGUCGUACCGCAUCGUGCCUCCUAAUCGUAUAUCGCCGUUCCGAUCACGCUGUUGCAAGAUCCGCGAGCGAUCACGCAGGUAUUCGUGGAGCAGUCGCAAAGUGAACAGCCGCAAUGACGUAACACGCGGCGACGGUGAUGGUGAUGGUUUAUGGGGAUUUUGGCAUCCGACAGUUCCGUUUAUGCGGUCCGGUAAAUUCGAUCGGCGGCCGUUGCGAUCGGCAACCAUUGCUGCGGACAAUUGAACGGAAAAGGGUGUUCCGGCCGUGAAAGGGAAACCCGAUGGAAACGCGUGAAAUCCGACCUGUUCUGGAAAACACGGAGAUGCGAGUAAGGAGAGCGGCGCGAGAGCGGCGAGAAACUCGCCUCCCGAAACCACCACCGUCUCGUUAAAAUGCAUCGAGACGAAAACUUGGUUACGUUAAAGUGCACCGAAUCGAACCUUGCUGACGUUAGACGACGCCGAAUCGAGGCGUUCAGCGAGCCGUUCGACUGUGUCAAAUUGCAGGAUCGACGAAUUUUCCUCGCAGACCAACGCCAAUCUCGUACAAACGUCGCGUAUAUGAUAUUAUUACAUAACCAUACUCGUAUGGUUUCAUUUUGGACGCAAAGUAUUUUUAAAGGAGAAACGAGCAAGCUGAAUUUACAGAUUUUUCAAAAUCUCUCGAGAAACAGCGAUUCGAAGCCGAGUAUUCGCUUAUAGAGGAAACACAGCCCUGUUAGCGGCCUGGUACUUGUUCGAAAUAGCCAGCGAGCAAACCCCCUUUGCGGACGAGACAAAGAGGACGAGUUUCUCAGGUGUGCGACCAUCGUGCAGACGUAUUUUCACACAGCCGCUUACAAGCAAUCAUCGAAUCGAUUGGCAAACGUUUCUCCAUUUUCGUUCUCACCGCGAAAAAUCGUGGUCGAACCGAGCAAAGUUUCAUCGUGGAAAUCGUGGCGCGAUGCGAUGAAAUGGUGGAAGAAACCUGUUAAAAAGCUUAGCGAGAUUUACUCAACGAUGCCUGCGCUUGGGAUCGUUUCGAUAGAGGCUGACGGUGAAAAAAGCGGCGGAAAAAGCGGCGGAAAAAGCGGCGGAAAAAGCAGGAUCGAAAGAAUCCAUCGUUUCCUAUCUCUGUUUAGCAUGCGAUCGAGAUAGCGCGAUAUACAGAACAUCGGCGAUGUUUUACGAUAACGUGAUUUUAUAUUUUGCCAGUCGGUGUAAUUUCUUGCGUGAUUGCGAACAUUGCAGUUCGACGGGAAGGUCUAGUCGUAAAUUACAGACGUCUGAAUCUAUACCAAAGACAACGAUAACGACCUCGAAUAGUCCUCUUUACGAUAAGAUCUGGAUAUCGGAUGAUGCAUGUACCUGUUUCCGAUAUCUUUCAAACGUUCAAAGGUGAUUAGCAAGGAAGGUUGCCCUGGCAUGUGCGAUCAAUCUCAAAAUAAGGUACUGUUUCGUGGCGAUAAAAAAGCGCUAGAUGACGAGCCUAACACUUUUAAUUUCGAACUGCAUAACAAAAUAUACAAAAGUCGAUCGCGGUUACAAAAAUGGUUAAUAGGGCUGCUGAUCUUCCUAUUUGUAUCGUUGAUCGUAAUAAACACGUUCAACACGGAUCAGUUUCGAACGGCACGGUAUGGAGCUAUUAUCAACGAUACCUCGCAAGACAAUUACGUGCAACUGAAGUCUUUGUUCGCGUCCAUAGCGAACUCCGGUUUCGUAGUCCGCAACAAAGGUUGUCGAAUUCCAGCGAUGGAUCCUUUCGAUUCAGCGAUCGCACGAUUUAUCGAGAAGGAAAAACCACUUAUUUGCGAGCACGGAAGUCAUUUACCGCUGGUCGAUUCGAACGACACAGCGCUCUACAUAAAUCCAAAUGCGAUCGGCCAUUUUUACAACAAUUCAGGGGAAAUCGAUUGCUGCUGGCGCCCGUUCUGGCGAACGAAGGACGAAGAUAACGUUGUUACGUACGGUAACGAGUGUUUCAAAUUCGAAAACGCGACGGCCGUAAACACCGAGUUUGUGAAAGUGGAAUGUUCGCGCAACAACGAGGUGAUAUACAAGGAUUAUCACGCGUUUGUACCUCGUUUCCCAUCGGUAGAGAGGAAAUACGAGCGAGCCAGAGCGACCGAUAUGAAAACUGAACAGCUCAGCGUGUUAAUAAUCGGCCUCGACUCGAUUUCACGACUAAAUUUUCAUCGUAUGAUGCCGAAUACUGUCCACGCGUUGAAAGAACUUGGAGCGGUUGAAUUCUUGGGUUACACCAAAGUGGCUGAUAACACGUAUCCGAAUUUAGUGCCUGUCUUAAGCGGCUUAUCCGAGAAACAACUGCACGAUCUAUGUUGGCAAACUAAAGAUAAAACGUUCGACGACUGCCCAUUCAUUUGGAAAAAUUUCAGCGCGUCUGGUUAUCGAACGGGUUUCGCCGAGGAUGCCUGUGGCAUGACCACCUUCAAUUAUCUAAAACGAGGCUUCCGAGUUCAACCGACUGACUAUUAUCUCAGACCAUUCUGUAUCGCAUCCGAGAAGGAUAUCGGUAAUACGCACAAAUUAAACGCGAAUCUCUGCGUGGGAACCAGAAAAACGUUCGAAAACUUACUGGACUACGCUAAGAAAUUCGCCUCGCGAUUUUACAGGGACCCAUACUUCGCGAUGAUCUGGCAAGCCAGCCUCACCCACGAUUUCUUCAACUAUCCGCAAUUAGGUGACAAUUCCUACUACAACCUCGUCACCUAUUUGUUCACGAAACGGUUGCUAAAUCAAACAGCGUUGAUAGUGAUGAGCGACCAUGGUAUGAGAUGGGGAAGCUUUCGGCAGACUUAUCAAGGAAGAAUGGAGGACAGCCUUCCGUUUGUGUUCGUGGUGAUGCCACGAUGGUGGAAGGAAAAGUAUCAAGUAGCUUGGGCGAAUUUCCGAAGAAACACGCGCAGUCUAACAACAGCUUUCGACUUGCACGAGACCUUGAUCGACAUACUGCAUUCGGAAAAUCUGCAGGAACCGCGUCUUAAGGCCCGACUUCGAGCGAUGCCGAAAGAUGACAAUUUGCCCCGUGGAAUCAGCUGGUUUUUGCCGAUUCCUGACUACAGGACGUGCUCCAUGGCGGGUAUAGCUAGUCAUUGGUGCAUGUGUCAUAACAGCUACGAUGUUUCCUCGGAUGACGAAAGUCUUCGGGACAAGGCAGUUUUCUUGGUCUCGGAAUUGAAUAACAUGCUGAACAAGUUCGUACAAUGCGCGGUAUUGAAAUUGAAAGAAAUUAAAGCCGCGAAAGCGUGGAAGGGCGAGGGUGAGAAGAACCAACUGAUCGAUUACACGAUCACGAUUCAAACGGAACCUGGUGACGCGAUAUUCGAGGGUACGAUACGGUACAGAAACGAGAGUAAGACCAACAAGUUGGUAGGAUCGGUUAGCAGAUUGAACGCGUACGGAAAACAAAGCGCCUGUGUCGAUGAAUUCAAUAUGAGGCUAUACUGCUAUUGUUUGUAGCUUUGUAGCUUGUUUGUCUGCGUCUUUUUAUCAUCUUUUUUUCUUCUUCUCCUCUUUCUUUCUAUUCUCAUUUUUCGAAAACUUCGAAGAGAUUCGCUUUGACCAACAUACUCUCGAAUGACUCUCGAAUGACUCUCGAAUGAAAUUAGAGUACGGUAGCCAGUAUACUGGUACAAAAAAAAAAAAAAAAAAAAAGUCACACUGUGAUAAGAUACUUGCUUUAAAGAUGUGAUUCACGGUAAUUUCGUACUUAACAAAUUAAGCGUCAACUAAUAGUAGUGUCGUUUUUAUUGUGUACGAUAAUAAUAAA